AUGCCGCGGCAGCCCGCGGGCACCAAGGGGUCCCCCAAGAAGAGCUCGUCCCUCAACCUGGUGACGGAGUUCUUCCACUACCUGAGGGUCACCUAUAGGAAGGAGUGUGUCAGCAUGCUGCUGUCCAGCCGACCCAGGAAGUGGAGAGAGCGUCGCAAGGGUCUGCGGGAGAUGAAGAUGUGGCUGGACCAGCUGGACCGGGACGUCACCCAGGCCAGGGACACAGAGACCAACCUCACCCAGCAGUACCAGUCCUUCAAGCGUCUGCGCGUCCAGCUGGAGGUGAGGAGCCGGCAGGUGGAGGCGGCGCUGCAGUCCAGCCAGAAGGACGGCAUGCUGACCGUGGACCAGGCGCUGGUCAAACAGGCCUGGGGGCGGGUCUCCAACAGGCUCCUGGACUGGCACCUCCAGCUGGACCGGUCCCUGCCGGCCCCCCUGGGCCAGGUGGGGGUGUGGCUCCACCGGGCGGAGGAGGCCCUGCGGCAGGACAUCCCCCCGGCCCCCCAGGCCCACGAGCAGACAACCGGCACCGUCCACCGAGCCCUAGAGCAACACAAGGAGGUGCUGAGGAGCCUGGAGAUCCACCAACAGUCCUUCCAGAAGAUUCACCAGGACAGGUGUGUUGAAGGGGUGCCUGUGCCCCCAGAGCAGCUCCAAGACCUAGCCGAAAGGAUUAACUUUGUGUCGACGUCGUCCAACGUCCACCUGGCUAAGAUGGAGUUUGUGGAGAACCAGCACCAGAUCCAGGCCUUCCUCAUCCUGGCUGAGUCCAAGCUCAAGUCCUGGAUCAUCAAGUACGGCCACCGGGAGUCCGUGGAGAAGAUGCUCCUCAACUACGUGACGUUUGUGGAGAAGCAGCAUCUCUUCGAGAACUACGAGGCGUUGUUCCAGUCGCUGAAAUGUUCCGCUGAACAGUACGUCGGCGUCGACGCCUCAGUGGAGGAGGGGGAGUGUGGCGUGCGGCGGUUCCUGCGGGAGGUGGUGGGCCAGUGGAGGAGUCUGUCCGUGGAGGUGCGGAGCGUCAGGAGCAUGCUGGAGGAGGUGCUCUCCAACUGGGAGCGCUACGGCUCCACGGUGGCCUCUCUCCAGGCCUGGCUGGAGGACGCCGAGGCCGCCCUCAGCCAGCCGGAGAACACCAAGCGGGAGUUCUUCAGGAACCUGCAGCUCAUGAUGGAGCAGCACGCGGCAAUGAACGACGCGGGGAACUUCCUGAUCGAGACGUGUGACGAGAGCGUCUCCCUGGGCCUCAAGCAGCAGCUGCUGCUGCUCAACGGCCGCUGGCGCGACCUCUUCCUCCACGUCAAGCAUUACGCCCACGCCGAGGAGCUGGAGGCCUGGAGGAGGGACCACCUGAAGGCCAUGUCCGCCCUCAGGGAGCUGCUGGACUCGGCCGAGGGCAAGCUCAACGCCCCGGUGCCGCUGGCCUUCAGCCCCGUCAGGAGCUUCCUGCAGGACGUGGAGAACACCAAGCAGAAGGUCGUCUCCAUGGAGACCCAGUACAAACUGGCCUCGCGCAGCGCCCAGCUCCUGGCUAAGGACGCGCCGCCGGACGAGGGCGCCCGGGUGAUGGCUGCCGUGGCAACGGCCAAAGGUCAACUGAGUAAGGUCCGGGAGCGAUGCCCCCCCCUGGUGAGGGAGUGCCACGGUCUGCUGCCCCUGCUGGAGGAGAUGGAGAAGCACACGGCGGCCUUCCACCUGAGCCUGGAGCGGGCUGGCCUCCUCGCCGCCACGGCUCGGGCCCCAGACGGCCUGAGCCAGAACAAACCGGUCUUGCAGGACCUUCUGAGCGAGCAGCAGAGCUGUAAGCGCAGCCUGUCGGUCAUCGAGAGGAACUUCCACGCCCUGCAGAGAGCGCUCUCCACCAGUAAGGUGCUCCACAACGUCGACCAGACGCUGCUGAAGAAGAGGACCGCCGAGAUACAGGCCUCUGCACAGGCCCUGGUCCUGGAGGUGGGGGAGUGGCGGCGGCAGGACGGGGCCGGCGGCUGCCUCCGGAGGAGGUUCGAGGAGUCCCGCCUGGAGCUGGAGCGGGUGCUGGGGGCGGCCCAGGACUGUCUGGCGGAACCCGGGGCCCCCGGGGCCCCCGGGGACCCCGGGGCCCCCGGGGACCCGGAGGAGGUGCUGAGGAGACACAAUGACUUCUUCAGCCAGCUGGACCAGCGCGUCCUCAGCGUGUUCCUGAAGGCCUGCGAUGAGCUCACCGACAUCCUGCCCGAGGCGGAGCAGCAGGAGCUGCAGGAGACCGUCCGGCGGCUGCACAAACACUGGAAGGACGUCCAGGCGGAGGUGCCCAGCCACCUGGUCCGUCUGAAGGUGGAGGUGGAGCAGCGCAGGGUGGCGCUGGUGCUGCAGGACUGCCGGCUGGAGCUCAGCCGGGAGAUGGAGGCCCUCUCUGGUACCUGUACCAGCGAGCGGGUGGUCAAGGAGCACAGGGCGUACUUCGCUGAGCGCAAGCCGCUGGCGUCCUGCGAGAAGUGGCUCAGGGUCAUGGAGGAGCUCUGCCAGCAGGUGCCCGACAACGACCCCGCCCACCGGUCGCUCGUCGCGGCCGCCGGGGACUUGGCCGCCGUGACGGACGAGAUCGAGAAGACUCGCCUCAAACUGCUGCAGCACCCCGACAAGUGGAGGGAGUGGAACGACCGGUUCUGCGAGCUCUCUGAUUGGCUGUCGUCUCAGAGGAGACAGGUCCGGUCGCUAAGGGAGACGGCCGGGGACGGCUCGCCCACGCGGCAAGAGCAGGUGGACGCCGCGCUCCAGGCCCUGCAGGAGGCGGUGGACGAGCGCGAGGAGACCCUGUGCUGGCUGAAGCGCCGCCUGGCCGCGCUCUCCGAGGUCAGCCCCGAGCUGGAGGUCCAGAGAGAGAGGGCCGCCCUGGCCAAGCUCUCCACCGACCUGAGGGCCCUGCUGUCCUCCCUCUGCCAGUGGGACGAGCAGGGGGGCUCCUCCAUGUUCCAGAGUGAGGAGCUGAGGGAGGAGGUGCGCGGGGCUCUGGAGGAGGUGCACAGGGUGCGACGGGAGGCCCAGGAGCACUACGGCAGGGUCCUGGAGGCUGAGACCCUGGGCGAGGCCAGGCAGCUGUACUUAAUUCACCAGCAACACCUUAAGCGCCUGCACGCGGGCAGGAAGGAGGCGGACCUUCUGGUGGCCCACUGCAGCCAGCUGCAGAAGGAGGAGGGGCUAAGCCGGUCCCUGGGCGAGCUGGAGGAGGCCUUCGGGGAGGGGGACCUGAAGUCUGACGCCCAGGGGCACAACCUCCAGACAGCUCUCCGGGCCUGGCAGGAGUUUGAGGGCGAGAGAGAAUCCAUUUGGAAAUUCUUAACCAGCACCAACGCAGGCCUUGCCAAAGAACUUCUCUUCAACAGCCAGCACAGCCUGAAGACUGAACUGGACCUCAGCAAGGAGCUUUUCAGCCGGGGUGAGGAGUGGACCACCAGAGCCAAGUCUCUCCUGGAGACGGCGCUAGGCGUCCACCUGGGAGCCAAGAACCAGAGGCUGCUGCUGGAGCAGGCCCGCUCCACCAUGGGGGCCCUCGCCCAGCUCCAAGAGCAUCUUAGAAAGAAUAUCAACCAAUUGGAGCUGGUGCAUACUUGGUGGGAACACUCCGGCAGCCAAUCAGAGGCCUUCUUCCUGUGGAUCUCCGAGAAAGAGCGGGAGCUGGAAGACAUCAGCCCCGCCUCUUCUCCUGAUUCUUUGGACAAACAGCUCAGCAGGGUGGAGGCAGUGGAGGCGGCCCUAGAGGAAAAGAGGGCGUGGCUGGUCCAACUGGAGGGGCAGAGUCAGGCCCUGUCCGGGUAUGUGACCCCCGGGGAGGCGGGGCAUAUCCGGGCACGGCUGGGCCAGAUGGGGCGUGGCCUAGAGGAGUUCAGGGGCAGUGUACGGCAGCUGAUUGGACAGCUGCAACAGAGCGCCUCCCACCGACAGCGCUACAGCGAUAACCUGGAUCAGGUGACGAAAUCGAUGAGUGACCUCGAAGAGAAGCUGGACCUUCAGAUCACGUUCUGUAGUUCUUCUUCCGAGACGUACCGAGGCCUGCAAGAACACAUGGAGCAGUGCCAGGCCGUGGAGCAGCUGACCCCCAGGCUGACGGCUCUGUGUUCGGCCCUGAAAAGACUCGGCGACGGGGGUCCGCUGGAGGAGGAGGUGGCCCGCCUCCAGGAGCGCCAGAGAGAGGACGUGGAGCGGGCCAAAGAAAAGCAGGCUGCUCUGGAGAACCUCCUCACGCUCUGGCAACGCUUCGAGAAGGAGUCAUCCUCUAUCAGGAGCUGGUUGGACAGGUGUGAGAUGAUCUGCUGUCCGGACAUCCAUCACCUGUCUGCAGACAAAGUGAAGCUGCGGAAUGAACUGCAGAAUAUACAGGAAAUGCAGAGCGAGGCCCCGGCCAAUGAGACGGCCCUGGAGGGUCUGCUGAGCCUGAGGCUGUCGCUGACGCCCACGGCGCCCAAAGAGUGUGUCCGUGACAUCACCGACGACAUCACACGCCUGCAUGAGAGAUGCUUGUCCCUGAAGGACAGCGUGACACACAGACUGGAGCUGCUGGAGACCCACCUGUCCCGGCUGGAGGCCUUUGACAAGCACCUGGUCACCCUGGCCCAGUGGAGUGACAACUUUCUGUCUGGCCUCAGAAGCUCCUCCCAGGUGGAUAUGGAGGACCUGGAGGCUGCAGUCAGACAACUGCAGGAGCAGGAGACCGGUCUACCGGAGCCUGCGCCCCUCCAGGAGACCCUCCACGGGGUGGAGUCCUCCCUGCUGCCCUCUUCCACCCCGGAGGCGCGGCAGCAGCUCCAGGGCUGGAGGGAGGAGUGCCUGCAGCCUCUGGGCGAGGCCCAGCGGCUGCUGCGUCUGCGGGGGGCCUGCCUGGCCGAGCUGGGGCCCUUCCUCCGGAGGCACGCCGAGGCCCGGCGUGCGGUGCAGCACCUCCGCGAGGCCCUGGAGGGCCGGGGCAGCUGGGACCGCGCCAAGGCGGAGCAGCUGCACGCCGGCGUGGGAGCGGCGGCCCGGGACCUGGCGGCGCUGGAGGCGGAGGCCCUGGGGCUGGACGGCCGGCUGAGCAAGGCCCACCUCCACCUGGUCGGCACAGAGGCUGAGGCCGAGCCCGCUCUGGGGGCCACCAAGGGGCCCGCCUCGCAGGGGAGGCGGACUUCCUGUAGGGGCCAGACGGCGGGCCUCCUGACGGGGCUGGAGGGUGUGCAGAGGACCCUGGGUUGGAGGCAGAGCGAGGCGGAGGCCCUGGGCGCGCUCUGGAGCUCCUUCCGGGAGAGGAAGGAGGAGGUGUUGGCCGGGCUAGCGAGGCUGGAGGAGGCGGCAAGGAAAGAGGACGCCCGCGAGAGCUCCGUGCAAGCCUUCCAGAACAGGCUCCGCACCUUCGUCCAGAUGGAGGACGAGCUCCAGUGUCUGCAGCACUCCCGGGACUGGCUGGGGGAGAGAGGCAGCCAGCUGGCCCAGAGGGACAGCGAGCUGGCUGGGGACGCCCUCCGGGAGGUGGGCCUGGUGGAGGCGGCGUGGACCAGCGUCACGGCACUGAUCACCCACGGUCAGGAGCAGAGCGGGGCCGUGAUCCAGCUCCUCCGUCAGUUCCACUCGCUGAGGUCCAGCCUGGGCGUGGCGCUGGAGAACGCCCAGGCCGUCACCCACAGCCUGCCCGACCACAACCACAGCCGCGAGGAGGUCCGCCGGAUCCUCGUGCGGCACGAGGCGGCUCAGACGGAGCUCAGGGACGGACAGGAGUCCAUGGACCUCCUCAUCAGCACGGAGGAGGACCUCCAGAGGGAGAUGGAGAAGACCCCCGGGCCCGACACGCAGACAAUCCAGACAGACAUGGAGACACUGAGGGACCAGUGGCUGGAGGUUUCCGAGCGACUCCAAACCAACGGCGAGCGACUGGGCUACUGCGUGGCCCUCUGGGAUGACCUCAAGGCCACAGAGCAGGACGUCGGCCAAUGGGCUUCCGCCGCCAUCGUCGACCUCACGGACAGCGUGGCCAAUCUCAGCGACGGGCAGAAGGCCGAGGCCCGCCUUGCCACCUUCCAGACGGAGGCGGAGAUCAGGGAGCAGAGGCUCGACGCCCUGCAGGACCGGGUGUUGGAGCUGAAGGAUCGGGCAAGGCUCCAGCAGACGCCCGUACAGAUGCAGGUUCUGGAGUCGGACCUCAGGAAGAAGAUGGCCCACGCCCACGAGGUCUACAACCAGGCCAAGCACGCCCUCACCUACUUCAGCUUCCAGAGGCAGCGGCUGGAGGACCUGGCCUCUCAGAUGACCGCCCGGCUGGAGGCGGUGGAGGGCUCCCUGGCCGGCCUGUCGGAGGAGUCCUCCCCGGACCACAUGGACACCGUGAAGGACCUCCAGGGCGCGGUCCAGCGGCAGCGUGCAGACCUGGACACGGCCCGGGAGUCCCUGACGGCCCUGUCCCGGUCCCACCCGUCCCCAGAGCUGUCCCGGCUCUCGGCUGAGCUCACCGCCAUCGCCAAGGGGACGGAGGCGGCGGCCCUGCGCUGCAACCGGACCUGGGGCGGCCUGCAGGCCGGACUGCAGCUGCACUUCAACGAUCUGGUCCAGGAGUUCCAGUCCUGGCUCGCCGAACUCCAACUGGAGCUGCGAGACUGCUCCAGCCAAUCAGGCGACGGCGCCGCUCUGAAGGCCAAGAUCUAUCGCCUGAAGGUGUCCCUGGAGCAGGCCGGGGAGGGCCAGCGGCGCCUGGGCCAGGUGUGCCAGGAGGCGGAGCGGCUGGUGCAGCACCUGCCCCGGGCGGGGGCCGCCCAGGUACAGGAGCACCUCGCCGCCUGCCAGCGGGCGUGGAGCGACUACGAGCUGGGCUGCUCUCGGAGCGGCAGGGAGCUGGAGCAGAGCAGGGAGCUGCUCCAUAGGUUUGAGGAGCGUGUGUCGGGUAUCAAAGGCUGGCUGGAGCAGCUGGAGGUCAGCCUGAAGAAGGAGCCCGUUCUGGGGCCAGACGGCCAGCAGGGGGCGCUGGACAGUGCGGAGGAGCUGGAGAGGAUGGAGGGCUUUCACAAAGAGCUGCUCCAGAGGAGGGAGUCGGUGGAGGGCCUGGUCCAGGAGGCCCAGUCCCUCUCCGAGGCGGGCCGGGGCUCCGGCUCCGAGGCCCGGGUGGGCUCCCGGCUGCAGGCGGACCACCAGGCCCUGCUGCGGGCCGCCCGGGAUCGCCUGCGGGGCUGCCAGGAGAGCCAGGCCUUCGGGGAGACCCUGCAGGGCGUGUGGGCCUGGCUGGAGGAGAUCCAGGAGAGGCUGGGGACGGUGGACAGCACCAUGGGCACCAAGGAGCAACUGGAGCAGAAGCUGGAGACCGUGCAGGAUAUCCUGCUUCUGAAGGGGGAGGGGGAGGUGAAGCUGAACAUGGCGAUGGGCAAAGGCGAGCUGGCCCUGCGUGGACACGGGGAGGCGGGACAGGAAGUGAUCCGGUCCCAGCUACAGGAAGUGGAGGAUGCGUGGGCCACGCUGCUCGUGAGCGCCAUGAGCUGCCACAGCCGCCUGGAGUGGACCGUGUCCCAGUGGGGGGGGUACCUGGACAGCGCCACCCAGCUGCGGUGCUGGAUGGGCGCCCUGGAGGGGGACGUCAGCGCCCCGCUGCCCCCCCAGCCCGGGCCCAGGGAGAAGGCCUCCCAGCUGGACCGUCUGCGGGCGCUGCGGGCCGACCUGGAGGACCACCAGGGGGCGCUGUCCAGCCUGGAGGAGAAGGCCCGCGAGCUGUACAAGAAGACCGGGGACUGCGGCUUCAGCCACGGCUCCCGCACCCAGCUGCAGGGGCAGUUCGAUGAGCUCACGGCCCUGGUGGAGGGGAGGGUGCGGCGGGCGCAGGCGGUGGUCCUGGAGCACCAGGAAUACCUGGAGGCGGUCCGGGACCUCACCGAUUGGCUGAUGUCGGCGGGGGAGGAGCUGCAGCACUGGUCGGACACGUCGGGAGACUCCGCCUCCGUCAGGAAGAGGUUGUCGGAAGUGAGGGAGCGUGUGGAGUGCCGGCUGCGGGAGGGCCGGGAGCGCCUGAGCCGUGUGCGCCGCAGCGCGGCGUCCACGGCGGAGCACACGGCGGCGGGCGGCUGCGAGGCCAUGGACCGCCAGUUGGGGGCGCUGGCCCAGGCGCUGGAGCAGUGGGAGGGCGCCGCGCUGCGGGCCCGGGACGGCCUGGAGGGGGCGCUGGCCCGGGCCGCCGCCGCCGAGGAGGACUACGGCCGGCUCACCGCCCGCCUGGAGGAGGAGCUGAAGGAGCUGGACGGGCGGCUGAGGGGGUGGAGCCAGGAGCUGGUCCGUGCCGAGGGGCGGAGCAACGGCGAGGAGGCGGUGGAGGGAUGGCGGAUGGCGAAGGAGUUCCUGAGUGACAGGGAGCAUGGCCAGUGCCGGCUGAGCGCGGUGGGGGCCAGCGGGGAGCUGCUGAUGGUGGUGGCGGCCCCCGACCGCGCCGAGGGGCUGCAGGCCAAGGUGGACAACGUCCGGGAGGACUGGAAGACCCUGAUGGCCAGCCUGCAGACCAGGCAGGACGCACUGAAGAACCUGGAGUCUCAGAUGAGGGACUUUGAGGCCUGCGCUGAGCCUCUCCAGGAUUGGCUGAAUGGCACCGAGGUCAAAGUUCAAGAGAGCAGUGCCCGCCUCCACGACCUCGCCGCCAAGACGCAGGAGCUAGGCAAACUACAGUGUGUCCUGGAGGAGAUGUCGGGGCGCGAGGCGGAGCUGGGGAGGCUACGGGAGCGGGCCCACCUCCUUUGGGAGGGGCAGGCAGCCGGCAAGGGCUUCGUCCACCGCGUGUCCCAGCUCUCGGCGCAGUACCUGGCCCUCUGCAACCUGACGAAGGACAAGGCAUCCAGGAUCGAGCGUAUCGUGGGGGAGCACCGGCUCUUCUCCGGGGGCCUGAAGGAGCUGCAGGACUGGGUGUGUGAGGCCCAGAGGGUCCUCAACACCUGCCUGUCCCCCACCGCCGACAAGAGCGUGCUGGAGAACAGGAUGAUGCAGCUGGAGGCCCUGCUGGCGGCGCGGCAGGAGAGGGAGAUCCAGCUGAAGAUGCUCCUGACCCGGGGCGAGGCGGUACAGAGGAACACCUCCGCCGAGGGGGUCCCGGUGGUCCGCAAGCAGAUCCAGGACCUGAAGGACUCCUGGGACUCCCUGCUGUCUGCCUCCAUCCAGUGUAAAAGCCAACUGGAGGGCUCUCUGUCCCAGUGGACCAGCUACCAGGAGGACGUGGGCCAGUUCGUGGUGUGGAUGGACCGCGUGGACGAGACACUGGGCUGCUCGGACAGACAGUACUCGGAGAUGAGGGACAAGACGGCCAACCUGGGAAAGACCAAGCUCCUAUAUGAGGAGGUAUUGAGCCACAGCAGUCCUCUGGAGACCAUCGCCACCAAGGGCUCCAACAUGGCGGAGCACUACAUUACCCAGCAGGAAGUGCAGCAGCUGCAUCUCCGAUACAGCGCUCUGAAGGACAAGGCCAAGGCGGCGGUCAGCCGGGCCAAGGAGCUGGUGCUGGUCCACCAGGAGUACCAGAGGGGCCUGCACGUGUUCGAGGACUGGCUGGAGCAGGAGCAGGCCUCCCUGGCCUCGCUGUCCCACCCAGAGGGCAACGUGGACACGCUGGAGGAGACGCUAAGACAGCUCCAGCUCCUGCAGGAGCGCUGUACCGAGGGCCAGUCGCUCCUCUCCUCCGUGCUGACCAGCAGGGACAAGGUCAUCCCCUGGGGGGCCCCCCAGAUCGAGGACCGGGCCCUGGACACGGCCCAGCGGGACUGGGGGGCCUUCCAGCGGCGGCUGGAGGAGACGCGGGCCCACAUGAGCUCCACCCUGGCCCGGCUGAGACAGAUCGGCCAGAGGUUCCAGAGCCUCUCCCAGUGGCUGGAGGAGAUGGAGCGCAGGGCCAACCUCCGGAGCCACCGCCGCUCCAGCCGCAGCACCAAGGAGGCCCAGCUCAAGCAGCUCCAGGGCUGGUACGAGGCGGUGGUGGGCCGGCAGGGCGAGGUGGACAGCCUGUCCUCCCUGGCCCAGCAGGUCCUAGAGGAGACCCACAUCAACAGCCGGGUCAGCGCCACCGCCACCCAGCUGACGGCCAGCUACCACGCGCUGCUGCUGUACCUCCAGGAAACCAUGAAGCAGAUUCAGGAGGAGGUGAGGAGCAUCGUGGAGGCGGAGAAACUCUGCGCGUCCUUCUCUGAUUGGCUCAACUGCACCCAGGAGAAAUUCGUACAAGUGAUUGACAGCUCGGAGCCUCUGGAUUGGCUGGCGAUGGAGAAGAAGAUGAAGAAGUUGGAGACCCUGCAGGCGGAGCUGCAGCGGGGUCGGGGGCUCCUCAAGGCGCUCCGGGAGCGGGCGGAGCGCGCGGCGGGCUACCUGGAGGAGGACGGGGCGGAGAGCCUGGGCGCCGAGGUGGAGGCCCAGCUGGCCCAGCUGGAGGAGCUGGCCGGGGGGCUGAGGCAGGAGCACGGCUCCCUGGAGCGCGCCCUGCUGCUGGCCAAGGAGUUCCAGGACCGCUACAAGGGCCAGGCCCAGUGGCUGGUGGAGACCCGGGCGCUGGUCAGCGGGCCGGUGGAGCCCAAGGCCGAGCUGUACCAGAGGAGGGCGCAGCUGGCCAAGUACAAGGCCCUCCUGCAGACCAUCCAGUCCCACGACGGGGCGGUGAAGUCGGUGCUGGAGAAGGGUGAAGCUCUGCUGGCCUCUGUCCACUUCCCCUCCAUCCGAGACAACACCAACCGCCUGCACAACGACUACACCGCCCUGUACACCAUCACCGCGGCCCACGUUGAGAACCUGGAGGAGCAGGUGAAGGAGCAGGAGGUGUACCACGGCGAGCUGCAGGAGGUGGAGCGGUGGCUGCUGCAGAUGUCCAGCCGCAUGGUGACCCCCGACCCCUCUGUGGGCGGCGGCCUGGACGAGGCCACUCAACAGCUGGCCCGGCACAAGGCCAUCAUGGAGGAGAUAGCGGGAUUCGAGGACCGCCUGGUGGCUCUGAGGGAGCGCGGCGACGACCUGGUGCGCGGCUGCGGGGAGCGCGUGCAGCACCGACUCCGCCAGCAGGUCGGCGCCCACCAGCAAGGCACCAAGGACAGCUACUCAGCCAUCUGCAGCACGGCGCAGCGCGUGUACCAGAGUCUGGACAGGGAGCUCCAGAGACACGUCAGCCUGCAGGACGCCCUGCAGCAGUGCCAGACCUGGCUGGCCACGGUGGCGGACGAGCCCGAGCCUCCAGCACACCCCCCCGUCAGCCUGGAGGGGGCGCUGGUGCAGGUGAAGCAGGAGCGGGCCCUCCAGGAGCAGGCCAGCACCUACCUCCACCUGGUGUGCUCCACCUGCGACCUGACGGAGCAGCGGGUCAGAGAGGCGGCCAACGCCAUCCAGGAGGUCAAGCUGCAGGUGGAGGACCGCAUGCUGAUGUGUGAGGAGGUGGCGGACAGCUGGCGGGAGGUGGAGGAGCAGCAGGCGGACCUGAAGGUGCAGCUGAGGGAGAUGGACCAGCACCGUCAGAGCCUGGCCCGCAGGCCCGCCGAGCUGGAGCCCAAGAUCGCCCAGAACCAGCUGGACAAGGCCCAGGAGUUCCUGCAGCAGGUGCGUGACCGGCAGUGCGACGUGACCCACCUGAGCGACACGCUGGUCCGGCUGACGGACGGCCAGGGCUGCCCCGCCCUGGAGGCCGUCGGCCGGCUGAGGGCUAGCUGGGUGGAGCUGGGCCAGAGGGCGGAGGAGCUGGAGGCCCAGCGGGGGGAGGACAUGCAGCACAGCGGGGAGUACCAGGAGAGCGUGGCGGCCGUGGAGGAGCUCUUCCACCAGGUCUCCAGGGAGUGGGACUACCUGGCCAGGGCGGACACAGAGAGCACCAGUGAGCACCUGGAGGCCCUGAAGAAGCUUUCCAGCGACCUGCAGGAGCAGAGGGCCACACUGGAGGACCUGAGGGAGCAGAAGCACACCGUGUUGCCCCGACUCAGCCUGCUGGACAAGGAGCUGGUCAAGCAGCAGGUGGGGUACCUGGAGCAGCGCUGGGCCCAGCUGGAAGGCCUGAUCCAGAAGAAGAUCCAGGACUCGGCCGGGACGCUGGAGGACAUGGCCAGGGUGGAGGCCCAGCUGAGGGACGCCCGGGAGUGGGUGGAGGAGCAGAGGCCCUCCCUCACCGCGGCGCUGAAGACCAGCCCCCCGCCGGACAUGGCCCAGAGCUUCCUGUUCGACCACCUGAGCGUGUGCGUGGAGCUGGAGGCGCGGCAGCAGCUGCUUGGGCAGGCGGUCAGCGAGGCCAAGGCCGUGGCCUCCCGCCUGGGCCUGAGCGAGAAGAGGAGCCUGCAGGAGCUGGUGGAGCAGGCCCAGAGCGAGGUGGAGGCGCUGGGCGCGCGGGUCACCCAGAGGAGGAAGUACCUCAGCAAGGCCUUCACAGAACGGACCCAGUUCCUGCAGGGUCUGGGGCGCGCGUUGGCCUGGGUUCAGCAGCAGGAGAGCAAGGCCUUAGUGGACGACCACGUGGCCCUCCUGCCCGAGGACCUGGCCAAGCAGGUGGCCGCGGGCCAGGGCGUGCAGCGGAGCCUGCGGACCUACCAGGGGGAGCUGGCCUCUCUGUGGGCCCAGGGACGGGGCCUGGAGAGGGACGCCACGGACCACGAGAGGGUGGAGACCCUGGCCCGGCUGGAGGAGCUGCAGGUGGCCUUCGAGACGGUGCAGCAGCGCACCGCCCAGCGCCUGACUGACCUGGACAAGGCCAUGACUGCCCGCAAGUACUUCCAGAUCGACCUGGACAAGACCUGCGGCUGGCUGAGGCAGGCGGACACCGUCACCUUCCCCGAGAUCAACCUGACGGACGCCCCGCAGAGCUCGGACCUGCAGGCGCGCCUGUCCUGCUACCAGGGCGUCCUGGAGCAGGCCUCGGAGUAUGAGAACCUCCUGCUCAUCGUGCAGCGGAUCGGCCAGGAGAUCCUGCCCACGCUGAACGAGAUAGACCACUGCUACCUGGACGAGAGGCUCAACGCCCUGCCGCAGCAGUACAACAGCAUCCUAGCGCUGGCCAAAGAGAAGCGGGACAGGGUGCAGCAGGCCAUCCUGGAGAGGAACGACUUCAGCACUUUCUUGGAGAUCACGAGGAACGCUCUGGAGGAGCUCAAGGGACAGCACGACAAUCUGGAGAAGCAGGCCGUAGCCGCGAGCGAGGAGGAGGUGGCGCGGCGGCGGGACGAGUACGGCAACCUGGAGGGGAGUUUGGCCCACCUGGGCCCGGCGGUGAGGGAGCUGAUGGGGAAACGGGAGGCCUUCCACAGCCGCGGUCAGCGCUGCAGCGUGGAGGAGAUACAGCGGUUGGUCGCGAUCCACGACACCCUGAAACGCCAAAUCGAUCAGAAGAGGAAGCUGUUGGGCGAUUGCUUGGAGACGGUGGUGGAGCACAACCGUGCCUCGGCGCACUUUGAGUCAGAGUGUGACGCUGUGAGGGGGAGUCUGGUGAGACUGCAAUCAGACGACCACCUGUGCGCCACGGACAGGUUGACAGGUGUCUUGGGGCUACUUGAAAGUGUGGAGAGCUUGAGUUCUCAGGCGGAAGGUUGUGAGCGAAAACUCAAAAGCCUUAAUGUGAACUUUGAACCUUCGGCAAUCCAGGACGUCACUUUAAGGCAGGAAUCCCUGCGAUCGUUACAAUCAGAAGUACGGAGGAGCAUCACGGAAAGGGAAAAGAAUGUGUGCCAGAAUGAAGAUUUCACGAGAGGGACAGAGAAAGUUUUAGCGUGGUUGGUUGCGAUGAAAGACAAGAUUGAGGAGCCUUUGGCCUUUUCGGAGGUCGAGGUGGAGAAUGUGCAGGAGGAAUUGAGGAGACUGAGGAUCGUUGUGGAGGAGGUGGAGGGCGUGUUACGGGUGGCAGGUGCCUUGGGCAGCAGAGAGAAGCAGAGAUUUGAAGGCAGGAAGGAAAAGGUGCCAGCCAGUGUAGAGAAGCAGCUGCAGCGACUACACAAGCUGGAAGCAGAAGUGACCAAAGCCAUUAGCACUAAACAGCUGGCCGCGGACCAGGCCCUCCCUCUGGUCCAGAGGUACAGCGACUCCCAGCGCUCCGCCCAGACCUGGGUGGACGCCGCGGGGGCCGCCCUCCACAGGGCGGGCCUGGGGGUGGACCCGGAGGACCAAUCAGAGAGCAGCAGGGAGCUGCAGGACCUCCUGGACCGGGACGGGGCCUUCGGGGCGGGGCUGGAGGAGCUGCGAGCCCUGCAGCCCUUGCUGAAGCCUCUGGUGCAGCCGGCGGGGGCCAUGCAGGAGCUGAGGAGACGCGUGGAGGAGAUGAGGCUGAGGAACCUCGCGCUCAGACAGCAGCUGGAGGAGCGGCACCAAGCUCUGCAGAGCGCUGCGUCUCUAUGGAGCUCGUUCCAGCAGGAGCGGGAGGCCCUGAUUGGUUGGAUGAACACUGCAGAAAACACAAUGAGUGCCUUCCCUUCAGCCAAGGCAGCCGGUCUCCUGGAAGCAGAAGACAAGUUCCACAGCUACAAGCCUCUGCUGGGCGGGAUGGACUCGGCCGAGCGGUCGCUGAGCGCGCUGAGAGAGACGGCGUCGGCCCUGGAGACCCUCGGCUCCGAGGCCGGCCGGGCAGCCGUCGCCGGCCACUCCAUCUCGUCACUAUGGCAACGGCUGACCAGGCUCCGCAGUGUGGCCCGCGGCCAGCAGAGGGCACUGGAGGACACGGUCCGCGAGUGGAGGAAGUUCAAUGAAAAGAUGGAGAAGGCCCGCUGUGUGUCAGCUGACCUGGGCGGCCGCGUGCCAGACAGCACGGUGGAGAAGGCCGCCACCAGGGCGGCGCUGCAGAGCCUGCUGGAGUACCACGACUCGUACGGCCGCGAGCUGGAGAGGGAGCAGUCCUGCCUCGCCCUCCUGGGGCAGCACACCCUCUGGCUCCGGGGGCAGGAGGAAGAGCUGGAGGAGGAGGAGGAGGAGGUGGAGGAGGAGGAGGAGGAGGAGGAGAAGCAGGAGCAGGAGGAGGAGAACGGAAAGGAGGAACGCAGGCGAGGAGGGACGCCGUGCAUGCGAGAGAUCCGGAGCAUGCAGGAGAAGUAUAAGAGCCUGGGGGUGCAGGUGCGCAGCAGCAGGGGCCAGGUGCAGCAGGAGCUGCGGGAGCGGGAGGAGGUGGAGAAGGAGCUGGGCCUGGUGAAGGGAUGGAUCCAGGACACCAGGGGCCUCCUGCUAAGCCCCACCGCAGACCUGGACUCACUGCUGCAGGAGCUGGAGACGGCCCACGGCGAGGUCAUCUCGAGGCGGCAGAGUGUGGAGCGCAUGGCGGAGCUGCAGCAGUCCAAGUACCAGGACCUGCCGGCCGGUCUGCCCUCGGAGCUCAGCAUGCAGCUGGCCGAGGUGGCCCUGGCCCUGGGCUCCGCUGAGGACCAGGUGCAGGCGCGGGAGCGGGAGGUGCAGCAGACCCGGGACGUGAAGGAGGACUUCGGCGCCCGGCUGAAGGACAUGGAAGGCCGGCUGAGGAGCGUCUCCAGGAAGCUGGAGGACAAGCCGUCGGACCUGGAGCAGGCCAGGGAGGAGACCAAAUGUCUGUGUGAGGAGUGCGAGGGCUGCGGCGGCUCCCUGGCCGAGCUGGGCGUGGCGGUGCAGGAGUUCGGCGAGCAGAACCCCCUGCUGUGCAGACAGCUGGGGGACAGCCUGGCCCGGCUGGGGGAGACCCAGAGGCUCACCGCCCAGCAGGCCCAUCACCGGGCCAGCCGGCUGAAGGAGGCUGAGAGGCAGUAUGAGGAGUACAAGGGGAUGAGGUCGUUCAUUAUGGGAUGGACGGAGAAGGCAGAGGCCCUGGUCACUGGCAACAUCAUCUGGAGCUCCGCCUCUCAGCUGCAGGAGCAAAUCAGAGCCCACCAGGCCCUGCUGCGGGAGUGCCGCGGUCUCCAUGGUGACCUGGAGGCCAUGGCCGAGAGGGAGGGGCAGCUGGGCCAGGUGGUGCGCACCCGGGGGUGGAGCCAGCAGGUGAACCACCUGAGCCGGAGGGCCGAGGAGCUGCAGCAGCACGCAAGGACGCGCCUCCAGAGCCUGCAGGACGCCGCCAAGGAUAUGAUGCGCCUGGAGGCGGAGGUGAAGAGCCUCCACGCCACCCUGGAACAGGUCCAGACCACCCUGGCCUCGCCGGACCUCAACCGUCUGAGCCUCCGAGAACAGCUCACACACAGACAGCGUCUGCUGGUGGAGAUGGAGGGCUUCAAGCAGCAGGUGACCACGGUGCAGCAGUGCCAGAGCGCCCUCCGGCUGCCGGAGGAGGUAGUGGCCAGCCUGCCCAUCUGCCGCACUGCCCAGAGUCUGCAGCACGAGGCCAGCCAGCUGCAGCACACCACCAUCCAGCAGUGCAAUAUCCUGCAGGAGGCGGUGGUGCAGUAUGAGCAGUACGAGCUGGAGGUGAGGAACCUCCAGAGGCUGAUCGAGGAGGCCCACCGCAUCAUCCAGGACCGGCCCGUCUCCACCAGCAACAUCCAGGAGCUGCAGGCGCAGAUCCAUCACCACGAGGAGCUGGCCCAGAAGAUCCAGGGCUACCAGGAGGGGAUCUCGUCGCUGCACUCCAAGUGCAAGAUGCUCACGGUGAAGGCCAAGCACGCCACCCUGCUGCUGACGGUCGGCGACGGCGACGGCCUGUCGGACGGCGCCGAGGACCUCAGCGACGAGGACGACGAGCUGCUGCCGCCCGGCGCCGGCGCGGCAACCAACGGCGCCGGCCACGGCGUCGGCCACGGCAACGCCGGCAAGCAGCUGCCCGCCCACCCUUCCGUCGUCAUGGUGAGCGUGCGACCAUCCUAUCUGAACCUGCAGAUGGAGAAGCUGGCGUCGCGCCACGCCAUCCAGGAGCUGAUGAGCUGGAUCUCCCUCAUGGAGAACAUCAUCGGAGAGGACCAGGACCGCAUCUGCAACGCCGUGGGCUCAGAGCGCGUCCAGGACUUCCUCCAGAAGUACAAGGGGUUCCGGAUCGACCGGACCUGUAAGCAGCUGACGGUGGACUUUGUGAACCAGUCGGUGCUGCAGAUCAGCAGCCUGGACGUGGAGGGCCGGCGCAGCGACAAGACAGACUUUGCGGAGAAGCUGGGGGCCAUGAACCGGCGCUGGCAGGUCCUCCACGGCCUCAUCAACGAGAAGAUCCAGCUGUUGGAGGGCCUGCUGGAGGGCUGGCUGGAGCACGAGAACGGGGUGCAGGCGCUGAAGGCCUGGCUCACGCUGCAGGAGGACAAGCUGAAGAAGAAACACCGGAUAGAGGACGUGGCCUCGGUGCAGAGCGCCCUCAAGGACUGCCAGGAGCUGGAGGAGCUGGUGAAGGAGAAGGAGAAGGAGCUAGAGAAGGCGGAGGAGCGAGGAAGUGCGCUGAUCCAGGACAAGAAGGGAGAGGCCUGCUCUGUCGUCAGAGAGACCCUCAAAGGACUCAACCAGUCCUGGGCCGGCCUGGACCACAUGAUGAGCCAGAUGAAGCUGAGUCUGCGCUCGGUGCUGGAGCAGUGGACGUCGUACCGCCGCGAGGCCGAGGAGAUCGGCGGCUACCUGAUGGAGGGUCGCUACGCCGUGUCCAGGCUCCGCCUCCUGAACGGCUCGCUGGAGGCCGUGCAGCAGCAGGUGUCCAGCCUGGAGAGCCUGCAGGAGGAGAUGGACAAGCAGGAGAGCAGCCUGGGGAAGUUCGGCUCGGUGACCCACCAGCUGCUGACGGAGUGCCACCCGUCGGUGGCCGACACGCUGAACCGCGCCCUGAGGGACGUCAACAUCAGGUGGAACGGUCUGCUGGAGCAGAUCUCGGAGCAGCUGAGGAGCAGCAAGGCGCUGCUGGGCCUGUGGCAGAGCUACCAGGCGCUGGGCGGUCAGUGUGUGACAGCGGUGCAGCGGCAGGAGGACCGCGCCAACCGGCUGCUGAAGAGCGCCACCGACCGGGACAUCACGGAGCAGGAGAGCGCCGCCUGGGUCCGGGACUGUGACGCCUGCCUGGGCGGCCAGGCCCCCGUGCAGCAGUCGCUGCAGCAGCUGCAGGCCCUGGGGGAGCAGCUGAAGAGCCAGGUCGACGCCUCCUCUGUGGCCGCCCUCCAGUCAGAUCACCGCUCGCUGGUCCAUCGCCUGGCAACGCUGGAGCACGGCCUGCACCGGCACCAGGAGAUACUGCAGUCGGGGACCCAGGACUACGAGCUCUUCCGGGGGCAGCUGGACACACUGUGCUCCCAGGCUUCGGAGGCCGGGCUGGCCCUGAAGGAGGUAGACCCGGUGGGAACACCGGAGCCCACCGUGGUCCAGGAGCACAUGGAGCGACUCAAGGUUCACCUGCUGCAGCUGAGCAGCCUGUCCCCGGACCUGGAGAGACUCAACGAGCUGGCCUAUCGCCUGCCCCUCAGCGACCGGGACAUGAAGAGGCUACAGGGCCUCAACCGGACCUGGGCCUCCCACUCGGCCCACCUCACCGAGAGGUUCAGUAAGCUGCAGGCGGGUCUCCUGCAGCACCAGAGCUUCCUGCAAAAGUGCGAGGCCUGGAUGGACUUCCUGUCCCAGACGGAGCAGAAGCUGGCCGCUGAGAUCUCGGGCAACCUCCUCAGUCUGAUGGAGCAGCAGAGAGACCACGAGCUGUUCCAGGCUGAGAUGUUCAGCCGACAGCAGAUCCUGUACUCCAUCAUCAGUGACGGACAGAGCAUGCUGCACCAGGGGCAGGUGGACGACAGGGAGGACUUCAGCCUGAAGCUGGCGUUGCUCAGCAACCAGUGGCAGUGCGUGGUGCGGCGCGCCCAGCAGAGGCGGGGCAUCAUCGACAGCCUGGUGGUGCAGUGGCAGAACUACCGGCAGAUGGCCGACAAGCUGCGGCGCUGGCUGCAGGAGGUCAGCCGCGACCCCGACGUCCACCAGCAGGGGGAGGCGGUGGCCCUGCAGGAGGCCCGCGCCAUGCUGGACCAGAUCCAGCUGCGGGAGCGGGUGCUCCAGCGCCAGCAGGGGGCGUACAUCCUGACGGUGGAGGCGGGCCGCAGCCUCCUGCUCACCGCCGACGGGCGGGUGGAGUCGGCGCUGCAGACGGAGCUCAUGGACACGCAGGAGAGGUGGAGGCACGCCCACCAGCGACUGGACCAGCAGCGCAGGGAGCUGCACGGCCUGCUCAAGGACUGGGGCCGCUGUGAGAAGGGCAUCGACGCCUCCCUGGAGAAGCUGCGGGCCUUCAAGAAGAAGCUGUCAGCGCCGCUGCCCGACCACCAGGAGGAGCUGCACUCGGAGCAGAUCCGCUGCAAGGAGCUGGAGAGCAGCGUGGAAGGCUGGACCGAUGACCUCACUUCCUUGUUCCUGUUGAGGGACUCCUUCGGGGGCGUGGUCAGCGCUGAUGACCUCACACUCCUGCAGGAACGCCUCCAGCUGCUGCAGAGCCAGUGGGAUGAGAUCUGCCACCAGCUCUCCCUGCGCCGGCAGCAGGUGAGCGAGAAGCUCAACGAGUGGGCGGUGUUCAACGAGAAGAACAAGGAGCUCUGUGAUUGGCUGACCACGAUGGAGAGUAAGGUCUCCCAGAACGGGGACAUCAGCAUCGAGGAGAUGAUCGAGAAGCUACGCAAGGACUACCAGGAGGAGAUCAGCGUCGCCCAGGGCAACAAGCAGCAGCUGCAGGCCAUGGGCGAGCGUCUGUCCCGGGCCAGCCAAGACAGCAAGGCGGCCGAGAUCCAGCACAAGCUCAGCAAGGUCAGCGAGCGGUGGCAGCACCUGCUGGACCUCAUCGGAGCACGGGUGAAGAAGCUGAAGGAGACCCUGUUGGCGGUGCAGCAGCUGGAUAAGAACAUGAGCAGCCUGCGGAGCUGGCUGGCCCACAUCGAGACGGAGCUGUCCCGCCCCAUCGUGUACGACACCUGCGACGACCUGGAGAUCCAGAGGAAGCUCAACCAGCAGCAGGAGCUUCAGCGAGACAUCGAGAAGCACAGCACGGGUGUGGCCUCUGUGCUGAACCUGUGCGAGGUGCUGCUGCACGACUGCGACGCGUGCUCCACGGAGACGGAGUGCGACUCCAUCCAGCAGGCCACGCGCGGGCUGGACCGCAGGUGGAGGGCCAUCUGCGCCCUGUCCAUGGAGAGACGCCUCAAGAUGGAGGAAACGUGGCGGCUGUGGCAGAAGUUCCUCGACGACUACGGGCGCUUCGAGGAGUGGCUGAGGACCUCUGAGAGGACCGCGGCGCUGCCCAACUCGUCGGGCGUCCUGUACACCGUGGCCAAGGAGGAGCUGAAGAAGUUUGAGGCCUUCCAGCGCCAGGUGCAGGAGUGUCUGACCCAGCUGGAGCUGAUCAACAAGCAGUACCGCCGGCUGGCCCGCGAGAACCGCACCGACGCGUCCUGCCGGCUGCGGGAGAUGGUCCACGACGGGAACCGGCGCUGGGAUCACCUGCAGAGACGGGUCGCCUCCAUCCUGCGCAGGCUCAAGCACUUCAUCAGCCAGAGGGAGGAGUUUGAGACGGCCCAGGACAGCAUCCUGGUGUGGCUGACGGAGAUGGACCUGCAGCUCACCAACAUCGAGCACUUCUCCGAGUGCGACGUCCACGCCAAGAUCAAGCAGCUCAGGGCCUUCCAGCAGGAGAUCCAGCUGAACACGGGCCGCAUGGAGCUGGUGCUGCGUCAGGGGGAGGGGCUCCUGGAGAAGAGCGAGCCGCUGGACGCCGCCGUGAUCGAGGACGAGCUGGGGGAGCUGCGGCGCUACGCCCUGGAGGUGUUCGGCCGCGUCGACCGCUACUACAAGAAGCUCACGCGCCUGCCGCUGGUGGAUGACGAUCUGGACGGCUCGGACCGCGAGCUAGAGGACGCUGAGGAGGAGGAGGAGGAGGAGGAGGAGGAAGAGGAGGAGGAGGGCGUGGCCUCGGACCUCUCAGACCUCCAGUGGGGCGACGCCUCCCCGGCCCACGGGGGACGUCCCGCCGCCGCCUCCGCCCUGGUGCGUGCAGAGCGCUCGGGCCGGGACACCCCCGCCAGCGUGGACUCCAUCCCGCUGGAGUGGGACCACGACUACGACCUGAGCCGCGGGCUGGACGGCGCGGCGGAGGGGCGGGGCCUGGGUGGCGAGGCAGGGGGGCGGGGCCAGGAGCGAGAGGACGAGUACCUGGGCACGGCGGUGACGGCCGGGCUGUCAGAUGUAGUUAUCCCCGAGAGCACCGAGGCAUACAUUAAACUGACCGAGAGCACCCUGCGGUCCUCCUCCGGGACUCCUGCCCACCUGAGGCAGCGGGACCCCGCCCUGGAGCGGCAGCAGAGGGAGGGCCUGGCCAACGGCUCCAGCCCCGAGCUGGACUCCUCCUACAUGGGCUACAUGCGUCUGAUGGGGGAGUGCAGGGGCAACAUGGACGCGGUGAGGAGGGCGGAGGAGGAGCUGACGGAGGAGGAGGAGGACGCCCCGGGCCUCACCAAUCCCAUCAGCACCGACGCCCAGAGUGCAGGAGUGAUCGAGCGCUGGGAGCUGCACCAGGCCCAGUCGCUCACCGACCGCCACCGGCAGAAGCAAAAGCAGCUGAUCUCAGACCUGCAGACCAUGAGGGCGUGGCUGGGCCAGUCGGAGGCGGAGCUAGGACACCUGCGGAGCCUGGACCUCAGCACAGACAUCCAGGCCAUCCAGCAGCGCAUCCGCAAGCUCAAGGAGCUGCAGAAGAGCAUGGACGGCCACAAGUCGGAGGUGCUGUCAAUCAACCUGAGUGGCAGCGAGUUCCUCCAAUCGGAGCCUGACUCCGAGGAGGCGUGGGCCCUGAGGGACGGGCUGAAGGAGAUGAACUCCCGCUGGGAGCGGCUCAGCUCCUCGCUGGAGGCCUGGAGGGAGGAGCUACAGCGGGCGCUGAUGCAGUGCCAGGAGUUCCACGAGAUGAGCCACGGGCUGCUGCUGUGGCUGGAGCACAUCGACCGCCGGCGCAACCAGCUCGGGCCGGCCGCGCCCUCGGCCGACCGGCCCACCCUGCGCUGCCACCACGCCACGCUCACGCAAAUCAAGCAGGAGCUGCUGGACUCCCAGCAGAAGGUGUCGGCCCUCCAGGAGCUGUCGACCCAGCUGCUGGUCCACAUCCAGCCCCCGGGCCCCGGCGCCCAGCCCCCGGGGAGCGGCCCUGCGGCCCCGCCCUCGGGCCCCGGGGAGCGGCUGGAGGCCCAGGAGAAGGUGCACGUCAUCUGGAACCGGCUGAAGCUGCUCCUCAGGGAGGUGAACGUGGACCUGGAGGAGCUGGAGAGGAGGCUGGAGGAGGCCGGCCAGGGGAAGCAGGAGUCGCUGUCCCACGUGAACAAAGCCCACCUGUCGGGAACCCCUCGUCCCGUCUCCCUAGGGUCCGUCCCUAACCGGCGACGACUGCCCCGGGGCAAAAGUAGUCAGGCCCGCGCAGGAUACCCCAGCAGAGGCCCCCGCCACAGCCCGAGCAAAUCCCUCGCCACCGCUGGCUGCGCUUCCUCCCGUUCUGACCGGACGGGCGGCCUCUGGACCUCCUCCUCCCCUCCGGCGGGCCCCUCCUUCCUGCUCCGCGUGCUGCGCGCGGCGCUGCCGGUUCACCUCCUCCUGCUGCUGAUCCUCGGCCUCGCCUGCCUCGUGCCCAUGAGCCAGGAGGACUACAGCUGCCACCACGCCAACAACUUCGCCCGCUCCUUCCAUCCCAUGCUGAGCUACACCAACGGACCUCCGCCUAUAUGAGGCGCCGCCCCAUCAAGGACCCCGAAGUCACCUGUACCGGGACCACACCCCCUCUAUGAGGACCGCCCCCCCCACGACCAUAUAUGGACCAGACAUCCGCCCAGUCCAUCGUGGCCUCUGUUCCGUGUGAGGACCGGACAGCCGCCCGUGUACGGGCAGAACUCUCCGCCCGUAUAAGGACUGUCCCUCCGCAGCUAGCUACCAGCUUUGCCAAGGACUCCGACACUCUGACUAGUAUGAAUGUUCCCUGUUCUUUCCCUGCAGGACCCCCGACUCCCACUCUCCCGACCCCAACUCCACAACCCCACCUCCCCCUCCACCCCCACGCUGGGAGCAUAUGAAAUCCGAUGGAGUGUCUCCACCAGUAACACAAUGAGAACCAGUCCAUUAGAGCGUUCUGGGGCCAGUUGACUGAGGCCCUAGCGUCUCCAGGGUGAAGGGACUCAAGCCUCCUCCAUCCGAAUAAUAGCAGUUGUUUUUUUAUUCUUUCUUCGGAAAAAUGAAGUAUAUUAUUUUUGACGUAUUUUUUAUUUCUACGGUUGAAUCAAAGAGCACUAUUUAUAUACAACCGCGUGCUGGGAGCCAAAGUCCACGGCGCUGUUCGUACUUCAGUGCUGCUACUAUUUAUUUUUUUCCGUUCGAUUGGAUUUGAAGAUUUGUUUAAUUUCACGAGGACACAGCACAGACUGUGGGAGAUUCUACCUGUAAAUCGUAGUUUAGGUGAAGUAUCAAACAUUCAUCUCUUUGAAGGGUUUCCAAAAUGAGAACUUUUCAAAAUUGACAUCAUGGUAAAAUCUUGCGAUUUUGAACACCGAGUGAUCCAAUGCCUUCGGAAUCGGCCGACGAUUUCUGAUGGACGCACUUUGUAUUUAAAAGAAAUGGCUGCCGUUAUUUUAUUUUGUUCACGAGAUUUACAAAACAGCCUUUCGGAGACAAACUCGUCACGGAAGGUAGCCGAUAGCUGAACCCUAACGCACUGAAACGAGCGCCUGAUUAUGGUUCCUCACCGAAGCCGUCCAGUCUUCCCCCAAGACAGCCAAAUGCUGGUGUCCCUGUUUUGAUCUCCUUUUAUAUCCAUUCUAGUAUUUCAAUAUUUAAUCACGUAGGGCAAACCUCGACACGCAGGAUGAGAUUCCGUUUAUUUUAUUUCUAUCGGUGAUUCAAAUGCCCCGCAAAACGCGGGCAGUUAUUUUUUUACCUUUUUAGUUCGAGCAUGCACUUCUGCAAGUCCUUUCUGCUUUUUAAGUUUGCCAACCAAUCACGGUCUGUGUACGGAGACAGAGGUGCGGAGGCGGGCGAAAAACAAUGCUUGGUGCUUUGUUACCGUGAGGACGACACCUCUGACGCGAUGGAGAUAUCUAGUCUGCGCUGUUUGAAACUGUAAAAAGAAACAUAAAAAAAAAAGCCCGGACAUGGAAAUGGUUAUUUAUGUAUGUACAGUUUGCUAAUGCUGAAAUCAUGAAGAAUGUUCUUUACAUAUAGUAAAAAAAUAUAUAAAAUACACAUGUUUUCAGACUUGUUUUUGGCUGAGGAGACUAUUUCGAAUGAGGUAGCGAAACAAGGUCUGCAACAAUUUCACUAUUAGGACCUUUAUUUUAAUAAACAGUAAACAACACUCAUGUGGGAUCAACGGACACUAAAGUAGGUUUCUCUUUACACUCGCAGCCAAAGUGACUUCACUUUGGCCGCGAGUGAUUGCUAGCCGCAUCAAACGGCUAGCAAGGCACAGUAGUCAAAACAGCAAACUGGCACAGAUAUUGGGGACCAACAUGAAACUCAGACAAGCAACUUCAAAAAGAUGACCAAUUAUCAUUCAAUGGUGCACUCUAGUUUGCUCUCUGGCUUUAUAAUCUCAGGAUGGGCAAACACAGAUCAUUUCUUGGGUAUGUCCCUGGAAAGAAUGUACUUGCUUGGCAAAAAGCCCAAAUAUUGACGGGUACAAACUUCUUUGACAAAUCGUUUUUUGGCUGCUUGUUGUGCCUUCGGCGUCCAUAUUAUGACUUGGAACCACCACCAAGAAUCUCCUUAAUAUUAAUUCAGAACAAUGCACUCACAUCUUAUCAUGGACAGUUGAUUAGAGACAUACGUCUCCUGGCCCACAGAAGAGCCUGGCGGUGUAUUAAGCUUUAAUUUUGUUUCUGUGUAGAUAUCAUUAUGUGUCCCUCUCCACUCAAGGUUGUGUACAUUCCUGUAUUCACUCGAGGAGUGCAUUGUGUGUCCUCGUAGCCUUGGCAACGGCAUCAAGACUAUCCACGUACGUCAACUUAAAGACAGGUAUAAUUUACAGACCCUUCAAAUGUUCCCGCAAAAAUCGACCCCAUUUUUUUCAGCCCUGCACAUAAUAUACAAAUUUAGACUGAACAAAAAGACAAAAAAACAUGUUCUGAUACGCAUAGAAAACAGAUCUACUAUAGAAAAGAAAAUGCCAAUUGUCUUAAAUUACGCAGUGUAAAGCUAUGACUUUCGUUAGCACUUCUAUCAAUACCCCAAGACCCCAAGACGCAAGAAGAUAUUCAUAGAGGGAACUGAUAUAUUCAGUACAUCAUAGAAAUUACAUUAACCUUCCCCCAAAAUAUGAAUUAAGGCUUCGUCCCAAUUCUUAAGAAGGCACUAAAGCUUUAUGACAUUGCAAGUUGCAUUGGCACAGAGAGAAAUUAAGCCUUUUUUGGUUUACAACAAUCUCACCCCGCUUGGCAUGCAGUUGGCACAAAUGGGCGGUCAUGAAGGCAGAUAGAUGGGGCAAGGCACCACAAGAGAGUGAAGAGUAUUUUACAUUCAGCAUAUGGCACGACAUGGGUAUAAAAAACUAGCCGUUAGCUAGUUAGCCAGCUAGGCCACGAAAUGUCAAGACGCAGUCUGCUACGGUCGUGAGCAGGACUCCAAAGAUGUUAUCCCCGCCCGAUUCAUACGCUCACACAGUUUGAACGGUAUCCAGCGAGCGCUGAACUCGAUUUAGACAAGUCAACGAAAAUGUGUUGGAAUGUUGCUAAAGGAACUCCAAAAAAAUGCGAAACUCACUCAAGUAAAAUCACUUAAAUAAAACAAAACAAUCAUGGCUAAAUGAACAUUCAAAUACGUCAUUUUUUUUAAAUCGGAUCGCCCAUAUCGCCGGCGCGCUA